CUCGCGUGCCGUCAUUUUAGAAUAUUCUCUAAAUGCUUUACGUGCAAAUUGUGUUUAUAAAAAAGUGUUGAGUGAUAGGAAGAAGAGAAAAAAAGAACAAAAUAAUAAUUUUAUUCUAUUGAUUGUGUAUACAACAGAAAUAAAACGUGUUUUAUUUCAAAAUUUCCUAAAAAAAUAGAUUUUUUAAUUAAAGAAAUCAGAGAAUGUAAAAUUGAAAAAUCUGGAAGAAAUACAGAAAAAAAAACAUGAUAAAAUCUAUGACUUUGUGAUUUUGUGUUGUUGUAAAAACAUUAAAAACCAAAGAGCAAUUUAAACAGGACAAGUUUUGUAAAUUAAUUAAUUAGUGAUUAAAACAAAAAAUAUAAAAAAAACAUUAAAAAAUUCUUUAAAAAUCCUCGAAUGAUUAUGUUUCAUCAGACAUUGAAUCUUUUUCAAAUAAAAAAUGUCUUGUGACAAAAGAAAAUUUUCAUUUAAAAAACUUUAACACAAUUUUUUUUCUUUUUUUUUUUUGAUUUUCUUUUAUAAUUUUACACGUUCUAAAAUUAAGUAAUAGCAAAAAAAGAAUAAUAAUAUCUUUUAUAAUUUAUUUGAAAUUUUAAAUUAUAAAAUUAAUUUUUGAUUUUGUUUUUCACAAAAGAAACAAAUAUAAAAAUAAAAAAUACAAUAAUAAAUUUCGUCCAGCCGUCUGUGAACAAACAACAAUAAGUUUUUUUUUGUUUGUGAUUUUUUUUUUUAUGAUUUUAUCCAGAAAUUAUUUUCGUUAGCGUUUUGAGAAAACCUAACCUCAUAUUAAAAACAGGAAAGGAAAUCAGAAUUAUAGCUACAAAUUUCAUUUAAUUGAUUCUGGAAGAAAUAAGAAAAACUUCUUAGCCAAAAUUUUCAAAAAACUUGGAAAAAAAAAGCAAAAAUAAUUUUUUUAAAUUUCAAGAAAAAGCUGAAAUUCUUUUGUACUUUGGGUUUUUGGAAAAUAUUUUUUUACAUAUAAAUUGUAUUAUACUGAAACAACUCCGACUGAUAUUAAAUAUACAACAAUAUUUAUAUAAAAAAGAAAAAUAAAAAUACAUAAUUUUUUUACAACAAUCAUAUAACAAUAAAAAAAAUAAAAAAAAUUUAAUAUCAAAAAAAAUUUCGAAAUAAAAAAAACAUCCAAUUUUUUUUAUUCACGCGCUGAUUGCACAAUUUUUCAUUCAUUUUUUUCCCCGUGUUUUAUAACUUAUUUAUAUAUAUAUAUACAUACAUAUAUGAAAUAAAAGUAAUAUAAGAAUUUUUCUAUCACACACAUAUACAUACAUUUAUAUGUGUCUAUAAGUAUAUAUAUAUGAAUUUGCCGUGUAUUGUACAAGCCUACAAUAUAAAAACAAAAAAAUUAUUUUAGUACUAUUGUAAAAUUAAAAAUAAAAAUAUUUGUAAAUUAUAUAAGAAGCCUUGAAAUUAUUAUUGAGUUUCUUUCAAUAAAUCUAAGAACGCUGAGAACAAGACAAUUGGGUGGUGUGUGGUGUUGGUGUCAUCAAAAAAAAUCAUAAAAAUUUUAAAAAUUUUCAUAUUUAGUUUAAAAAAAAAAAUCAUUUUAUUAAAAAACAAACAAAAACAAAGGAAAUAAAGUAGCAAAAUUUUUUGCUGAAUUUUCAUUUUACUAGAAAAAAAAAUUUAAAUUACCAAAAACAAAAAUUACAAAUUAUUGCAAAUUCAAUUCCAAUUUUUUUUAUUAUAUUUUACAAUAAUCACAAAAAAAAAAUAUUGAAAAAAAAAAACAACUUUGCAUUUAUAAUUCGAUUUUUAUUAUAUUAAAAAAUCGAUUAAGAAAUUUUGAUUUUGAAAAAUUAAAUAAGAAACAAAGAGGCAAAUAAAAUUUUCAAGAUGAGACCCAGACUAGAAGGAUCGAUUUGUGACGAAACCUGUGAAGAUGCUGGUUUACUUAAAUUCAUCGAUGAUGAAAUGAAAGCAUCAUUCCUUCAAAGUUUACACACAAUGCGAAAACAUCGUUUGUUCUGUGAUGUUGUGCUUAAUGUUGGAAAUUCUGACAUUCAUGCUCAUAAAAAUGUUUUGGCUUGUGUUUCUCCAUAUUUUAUGGAGCUUUUUAGCACCGAUCAGGAUCAAAAGAACGGUCACAGUGAAGACAUUCCAAGCUUUCGUUUGAAUGGUAAUAUCACCAAGCAUGCAUUACAGAUAUUAGUUGAUUAUGCAUAUACUGGUAAAUUGGAAGUUCCUGAUGUUUUGGUUAAAGAUGUCUAUUUGGCUGCAUGGAAAUUAAGAAUGGAACGUUGUUUUAAACAGUGUGCUCAACAUUUAAUAUCGGAAUUAUCACCAGAUACAUGUAUUGAGAUAAGAUCAUUACCAGGUAUUGAUAAGAAUACAAGUUUUGUUAAUCAAGUUGAUGCGUUUAUUAAUUCUGAGUUUGCAGCUGUAUCAGAGACGGCUGGUUUCCUUCAAUUGUCCUGUGUCCAGAUCGAUGUACUCUAUCAAACGAAACAGGAAAUGUCAUUGGUUACCCAUAAUAUGUUGUCUCGUUUAGUGCUCGACUGGAUCAAAAGACAAUUGGUCGACGAAUCAUUAUCUGAUUCGCAAUUACUUGAACGAAGUCAUCUUUUGUACUUGGCUUUGGAUAAUUCCUUACAAGAUUGUUCAGAUUUGCCACCGGGUCAAGAAUCUGAAUCAGACAUUGUACAAGAUUACAAACGUAUGGUGUUAAAAUGCCCAAAUAAUAUUAAACAGAGACGUAAACAAUUGGGAGCACCAGUUAAACCUAGAGUCUUAAUUUAUAGCAGAGAUCUAGGUGAAGAUGAUAAUCAAUCAGAAACCGAUUGGAACUUAAUUAGUUCAUCAAAAUGUGGCGAAAAUGCUUUCAUUGCUGUGGCAGCAAUAAACGGUCGUUUAAUGAGAUUAUCAGUCAAACUUCGUUUAAAUAACGUACCUCCAUCGCCAUUAAAUGGAGCAAAUGUUGUAAACAAUCAGCCAGCAGAGGGUCAGACAUCAACGCAAUCAACAACACAGUCUUUACCAUCAGCUAAUGUGUCAGUUGCUUCUACUGGACUUGGAUCAACAACAGCUAGUACAAACGGUUCUAGUGUUGAUGCCAGUGUAGAAGGUAGUCGAAAUGCAAGCAAUCGCAAUUCAAGUGAAUUAGAAUUAUUUUGUGAAGUCGCAACUAUGUCUGGCCCUAAAUGUGGAUUGGGAGUUGCUGAUUUCAAUGGAAAGCUUUGGGUUUGUGGUGGUUAUGAUCGUGCUGAGUGUUUGAAAAAAGUUGAAUCAUACUGUCCAGAAACAAAUACUUGGACUCACGAAUCAAAUAUGAAUGAAGCACGUGGACGUGUUCAAGUUGCUGUAUUGAAUAAUACUGUAUACGCCGUAGGUGGCAGUAAUGGUACCACAGAGUUGGACACCGUUGAAUGUUUGAAAUUCGGCGAACAAAAAUGGCAGAAGCGCAAACGUUUACCCUUAGCCCGAAGUAACGCUGGUACCUGUGCUCUUAAUAGCAAAAUUUAUUGUAUUGGUGGUUGGAAUGGUCAAAUUGGCAUUAAACAAUGCGAUGUUUAUUCACCCGAGAACGAUCAAUGGAAUCAGAUAGCACCUUUAAAUACUGGACGGUACCAAGCUGGUGUUACAGCACAUAAUGGUAAAUUAUGGGCAGUUGGUGGUAGUGAUGCCUGGAAUUGUUUGUCAUCUGUAGAAAGUUAUGAUCCCGAUCAAGAUGUGUGGAUAUACGCUUCACCGUUAUUAACACCAAGACGUGGUUGCGGUGUUGCGGAAUUCCAGAAUAAAUUAUAUGCUGUUGGUGGUAGCGAUGGAACUCAAUCUUUAAGUUCCACUGAAGUAUAUGAUGAAAAUACAAAAUCAUGGGUUGUUGGACCACCUCUUAUAACUCCAAGAUCAAAUGUUUCUGUAGUUGUUGUACAAGAUAAAUUGUAUGCCAUUGGUGGUUUCUCUGGUAAAACAUUCUUGAAUACUAUUGAAUAUUUGGAUCCAGUUACAAAUGAGUGGACAAGUUUUGUACCACAUCAACAUGAUGCUGAAAAAAUACGCAAAGUUAUAUUAGGACAGGAAAAUCUUGCCGGCAGUGAGAAUGAAAAUAAUGAUGAAGAGAAUGAUAUUAGGAAGCCUCCAACUGAGUUUACACAUAAAAAUUCACUUGAAACAUUGGAUGAAGUACAAAAAAUUAUUGCAUCAAUUAAAUUGCAAAAUCAUAAUAAUAAAUCUGAUGAAGAUGAGAAUGGUGUAGAGGAGCAACACCAUCAACAAAAUGGUACACAUAAAUCGAAUAAUGGUAAUGUCUCAAAUUCAGAUGAAAAUAGUUCAACUUUUAAUGAAUUAAAUCAACAACCAACAAAAAGUUCCAGUAGUUUGAAUACUACUACGAGUUAAAACAUGAAAAACAAACAAGAAUACAAAUGAAUAAUAAUUUUUUUACUGAAUGUUAUUAUAUUUUAAAACUUUAAUAAAAAAUAAUUCAAAGAAAAUUAUAUGAGGUAAAAUAAAUAUUACUUUUUAAGACUUCUAUUUAGAUUUUAAGGAAAUAAAUAUAUACAAAGCAAAAAAUAAAAAAAAGUUGUGUAAAAUAUUAUUAUAUUUACAUGAAAAGCUGAAUAAAAACUUGAAUUGAAAUCGAACAAAAACUUUGAAAUUUGUUAAGCUUCUAAACUCCGGUUUCAAUAUUUUUAUUUUUAAAAUUCAAUUGCAUAAAACAACUAACUAAAAAUAAUCAAAUGAACUCAAUACCUAUAAUAAUCAACAAAUAUUGAAUUUGUCACUUCAUUACUCUGAUCUGUAGUUCUAAUUAAAAAAUACAAAUUCCACUUUACAUGUAAAUAU